AGGGCACCUCGCCGGCACCGCCACAUCACAUCACACUUCACCCGGCCCCGGCACACCGUCAGGCACAGCAAGCACCGCCUAAACGCCGCAGCACAUCGAGGGUAGCGGCGUGCGCGCUUGGUGCGCCGGUGCCACGCCCCAACGGCCCCACGACGGGCAGCGCAGUCGGCGCCUCUUCGCUUCUUCGCGCGGCCACCGCUGCUGGCUCGCCUUCUUCUUCUCCCGGCAGCCUUCUUCCCUCAGCUCGCCAUCCUCGUCGCUGUCGACGGCCCUCUCACCUUCCUCUCCGCCGUCUGCUGGCGCCAUGACGCACGCCUCGCCGCCGCGCAGCGUCACCUUCGAGCCGCCGCUCUACCUGCAGCGCCAGGCUUUCCUCCUCUCGCAGCUGCGCCAAGCCAGCAUCUCUUCCGUGCUCGACAUUGGCUGUGCCGAGGGCCGGCUGCUCUCGCACCUCAGCAACGCCGCGCUGCAGCUCGAUGCCUUUCCGCUGCCGCGCUUCAGCCGCAUCCAGCAGGCGUGCGGCGAGGGAGCCGCCGAGCCGCGCCUCGAGGCCGAGGAGCUGGCCUUUGCGGCACCGCACAUCGCACUGCAGCGCCUGAGCGGCCUCGACAUCGAUCGGCCCUCGCUGCAGGCCGCCGAGCGUGCGCUUGGCUCCGCACACUUCGCCGCGACGCCGCGCUGGCUCUCGCUCGACGUCCAGCUCUUCCACGGCACGCUGGCGGCGUACGACAGCCGUCUGGCCGAGCAUGACUGCAUCGUGGCGUCGGAGCUCAUCGAGCACCUCGAUGAGCAGACGCUGCAGCACUUCGCGCCCGUCGUGCUGGGCCGCUAUGCACCGAAGCUUCUGCUCGUCACGACGCCCAAUUACGACUUCAACCGGCACUUCGACGCGCUGGGCAAGAUGCACGGCUUCGAAGACCCAACGGGACGCACGAGUCGCCGCUUCCGCCACGACGACCACCAGUUCGAGUGGACGCGCAAGGAGUUCGCCACAUACUGCACCUCCGUCGCGGCCAAGUAUGGCUACGACGUCGAGCUCUCCGGGCUCGGCGAGCUCUGGCAAGGCGGCAACGACGGCGUCGACGCCGACGCCCGCUUCUGCACCUCCACCGCCGUCUUUCGGCGCAAGGCUCACGGCGCCUCGGCUCGCCGGCGCCGCGCAAAGGAGCGUCUGGAUCGCUUCGGCGGCAGUCUGGCGCGCUCUGCUGCAGCCUCGGCGUCGGGCGAUGAGAGCGACGUGCCGACCGUCUUUGGCGGCGAAGAGACGGAGGAGGAAGAGAGCGAGGUCGAAGACGAGCAGGAAGAGUCCUCGCGACGCUCGCCGCGCAGUCGACAGCCCAGCCAUCUGCCCUGGCUCUCCUCGCCGCAGCCGGCGCGCAGCACGAGCCAGACGCUCGUGUCCACCUCUCCUCCAUCGCCAUCGCUGCCGGCGGCGCACAAGUCCAUCUCGGCGCCCGCCGCGCUCUCAGCCUCGCCGACGGAGUCAGGGGACCAGCCGCACGCCCUCGUCUUCCAGCGUGCGCUGCCGGCUUUCACGCACGACGAUGCAGCCGACUCUUCCGCCUCCUCCAGCAGACGCACAACGCUGGUGCUGGCACCCGACGAGAUCGUCUCGCGCGUGCUCGACGAACUCUCCGUCGUUGGCGCGUGUGCCUCAGCGCCCGACGGCACUCUGUCGGCCCAUGCGCCACUCUCGCAGCUCUGGCUUGCAUCGGCGGUGCGUGCGGCAUGUGGCGGGCGCAUUGUAGCGCUGCUCGAUGCACUCAGACUCGUCGAGCCCACGAGCGAGGAGAAGGCAGAAGUCGACGAGAAGCAUGUUCGGCUCUUGGGCGGCGACGCAAGUGGAGACUGGCGUCUCUGUGCACUGCUGCAGCACAAUGAGACCGAGGAGCACGACGAGCCGGGCAAGUGGCGCCUCCACCUCUUCUUCGCCGGCGCCGAGGUGCGCAACUGGCUCGUCGAGCCGCAAGGCAUCACCGCCUGCGAGACCACCGGGUCCAUGAAGACUCCCAUCGCCGAGCUUGACUUUGCUGCGCUCGGCUUCGAGGACACGCACGGCGCGGCCGUGCCGACGUCGUGUGACUGACAGCAGCUGCCAGACCCAGCUGCCGAACUGGCCCUACAAGGGCCUCCUGUGUGCGAUCAAGCACAGCGUCGCGCCCGCAUUCCCUUUCCCCUUCUACCCCCCUCCCCCUACCUUACGGCACGAU